AUGAAACCGGAUCUCCAUCGUUGCAGUAAGCGUUCUUUUUGGUCGUUUCGAAUCAAAGCGCUCAAUUUUAUAUUUUCCUCAUUGUUUAUCAGAAAAUUCCGAAGUCUCCUCGACAUUAUUAAUAAUGUUUUCACUCAAAAUCUUUACUUUCCUAACUAUUAUUGCAGUAAUUUUCUCGGCCGACGAAUUCACAGAGCCCUGGGCCGCCGAAAAUCAAAAGAUUGGACUGUCAGACUGCUACCAACCCAAAGAUUCGGAGAUCGUAUGCUGUCCUGAGGCCAUGAGUAAGCCUUUCGAGUCCGCUCGACUCCUUUAGAGAACACUUUAGCAUUAUGAAUUCUAAAUUAUAAACUUUUCAGAGAAUACCCUGAAGGCAUUUCAAAGAUCAAUGAAAAAGUUGGGAAAACCUUCCGAAGAAGAAGAUCUCAAAGUCUAUUCCGCCAAAAUCAACGCUGAACUGGGCUCUCAUUACCCGAUAACUCUGCGAAAAGCCGGUCCAACUUAUUCUUUGCACAUUGAACAUGAAAAAUUAUGUGGAAUCCACAGAGAAUAUGGAAAAUUUGAAGUCAAUUUUGAUAAUGAAGAUCUAAAAGACUUUCUGAAUGUCUAAAUAAACAUUGAACAUCAAUUUUACCCGUUUCCCAUACUGGAAAUGAUGAUUUUUCUUUGCAGUCUGCGGGCGAUAUUUUAUACGAAGAUUCUCAUUACGAAAUUUGAAAAUUUGUAGGGCGCAGUUGAAACAUAGUUCGUCGACAGAGUUCGGCGAACAAAGUGGCAUUUGCUCCAAUUUCCUGAAGGCAGAGGCCAAAUCAUUCUGCUCUGUUCACCUGUUUUUGCGCGCGUUUUUAUCUCGGCGUUUAUCCUAAAGUGUAAUAUAAUAUACGGCCAUCUUUCAGCCCCGAAAUACCUUCAUUUAUCGGCAGAACACUCGUGCCACAAUGCGCUCUCUCAAAUUCCUGAUUUUGAUUCUUCUUCCCUUCGCUGCCAAUGCUUUCGAAUGCCAGGAGAAGAGGAAUUAUGUUUGGGCCAAGGAAUUGCAAUACCAUGGUCUGAAUCUGACCCUUUCUCUCAGCGAAUUCGAUCCCAAACUGUUGCUGGAUGAGGACCUCAGCGAGCUGGUUGAGGACAACGACUUGACGCCGGUUGUUGAGAAAGUUUUGAGGCAAGAAAAGGAACGUUUCCGAUUCCUUGUUGAGGAGUUCAUCUCCAGCCGCGGAAUUGAUGUAAGUGCUUUAUUUUUAUGUCGUGUCAGGCAAAUUUUAUGUUUGAAUAGGUACUGUCGACCUUAUCAAAGCUGGUGAGAGAAAUUACGGCGUUUUUAGUUCUCUUUUCAAUGAAAAUUUUGACAUGUUAGCCUUCAUGUACAACAUAAAUUUUUAUAUCAAGUUGGUAUUUAUAGAUGUUUUUGUUAAGUCCAUGCGAUUAUUGGGCCUGAAUAGCACUUUGUAUCUCUUUCUGAUGGAUUUCCAACCUUCAAUCGUUUCAUUUUCAGGUCGAAAAGAAGCUCUACAACUCGUCGAUCCUGGCCGAACUUCUUGGUUACAGCUCGAUCUCCCGUUGUCACUACAUUGAGAAUCGUGUGCUUUGCGACAACUUUGUCAAGAGGAUCAUGAGCAUCAUCGAAAAAUCGGCCAAGGAUCGUCUCGAAAGCCUGGAGAAGAUCGUCUCUGGCGAGGAGCUCCCCAUUGUCGCCAACAAGACUUUGGCCAGCAUUGCUUCCGACAGAUACGGAGGACAUGCAGUCGAAAUCAACUUGGAUUUGGAGCAGAUCACAGUCCAGGAAAAUCAGCUGAACCUCCGUUACAAGGUCGCCUCGGGAGCUCGUUUCUACGCGUAUUGCAAGAACAGCGGCUUCCUGAACAUCUUCAUGGGCAGUGGAGACCGCAUCUGUGAUGGAAAAGACUGCCAAAAAGUUGGAGUGUGCAGGCAGAGCGGAGAUUAUUACAUCUGCCAGUAG